AUGGUUUCGUCGCAGCGAUUGAUUUGGAUCUGCAAUGAGUCCACACAUGCCUUCACUGAUCCCCCGCUGAAGGAGAAGACAGAAACUGGAGGUCUCGAAGACGUUAUCAAUAAGUUAUUACAAAUUAACCACAAAUUCAUUUCAUUUGCAGACCUGACAGUUAUGACCAUUUUAUACAUACCGUCGCUUCCCGUCUUAAUAGGAGUGAGUGAUGGCAUUCACGCUGUUAUCGGAAACUACCCUAACGUCACGGAUAGUGACUGCGGAAUGAGUCGGGAAUCUAGGCUUUUGAACGACAAGUGUUUCACUUAUCACAAAACCUCAGGACUCAGUCGUAUAGCCAAUGGUAGGGAUACCAAAGCGGGGGAGACAUCAUAUGCCGUUCUUAUAGAAAUCGAAGUACGUUCAACUAGUAAUAACUGCAACGCGUCCAAGUACACGUGUCCGUUCACAAUCAAUAUACUAAUCGGUGUUAUAGACUGGACCGCACCGAAUCUGCACUACUACGGCGCCGCGCGGGUAUACCCGCACCCGGACUACAAAUUUAAUUUGAAUUCAAUAAAGCCUGAUAUCGGACUCAUCCGCGUAAACACUUCCAUACCGUUUACCGAUCGACUGGCCAUUACUAACGUAUGUUUGCCGGCCAGGGGUUUGGUCAACACGGGCUCGGAGUACGCGCUGAUCACCGGAUGGGGUCACACCGGUAAACUUCCAGUGUCCAUGAUUCGCCAAAUGGGUUGGGUUCGCAUUGUGGUCACCGAUCCAAACCGAUAUCCCACUAAUGACACGCGAUUUAUAUUUGGUCACAUUACGCCACUCACCUCAGGUACGGCCGCCUGCGAAGUGAGUACAUGUUACGUAACUUAA